GAGAUCAGACGUUCUUAGUCGGCGCUAUCAAAUGCGGUGAAGAAUGCGCGCACAGCCACACAAAACAGUGCGGACUGUCAUUCCCGCUCACUCGUGUCCAUCUUUGUGUGUGUGCUGUCCUACCUCAGGUACUCGUUGUUCGGUGAGGAGCCUCAGGCUGGCCGUCUGUUUGUCUGUCUGAAGCACACCUCUGGUGGCGUCUGCCCGGCCACUUCUCGUCCUUGCUCAAGAGCAGCUUGAAGGGCAGGUGCACAAACGCAUGCACAUGCAUGGCCAGAUGCUUGGCCAUAGCAGACAGACAGACAGACAGGCACAAGAUGGAUCGGAUGCAUGAUGCGGCACAUGCGCCGCCACUCUCACUCUGUAUAUGUACCCACGGCACAUGACAUGUGUUGUAUCCCUCUCUCUGUGUGCAUGCUGGCUGUCGUUCGUUAUGUAGGUGUGGCUGUCUGUCGUUGAGGGGAGCAACUCACUCUCCCUGCCUGCCCGUCGCGCACGAUGUCUGACCUGCCCAGCAGCAGCAGCUGCAGGCUCAGCUUCUGCGUCCACAGAUCAGCGCCGAACCCCUACCACGACUACAGCGGCUACAACUACGACCCCAACAGCAAGCCGUACAACGACUAUCAGUACUACGUGGUGCUGCCUGUGGGCGCGAGUGUGGCGACGUUUGAGCUGACCGAGGGCGUCGUCAGCCGCACCAUCACGCCCACGCGGGCACGGCAGCUCAUCGCCAAUAACGGAGCCGACCCAUGCGUACGGGUCACCGUGGUGUGGGGCUACAAGCGUACGUCGUCAUUCAUGGGCUACGGAAGACACCCGCCGCAGGUGGCCGAGUAUCCUCUCAUGGAUCUGGCCAUCGACCACGACCUCGACAGCCUGGUCAAUGGAGAGGACGUCAUGUACGGCGUGCGCUGGCCGGACCAUCCAGACGGCGUGAGUGUGGUCAUGGCCAUGCUUGAGGGCGGAGCGGACGUCGGCAUGGCCCUCGGCAUCGCUGUCGAGCGCAUCAAUGAAGCCGUCGUGGACGCGGCCCUGCAGCACCGCCCCGACCCGAAUGCGUCGACGGCCGUCGGCAUCCAAGGCUGCGUCGGCCGCAUGCUCGAGAAGGGACGGCGCAGCGAUGCCCGUGCUGCCACGUGCACACGCAUCUUCCUCAAGCUCGUGAAGCGCAACCCGACAUUGGUGAGCGACGACACGCGAGUGGGCGGCAUCUGUGGCCGCCUCGCCGGCAGUCCGGGACAAGAGCCGGCAGCAAGUGUGGACGAAGCCUUCUGUGACACACUCUUCGACACCCCCCGCCCGCUGCAGGCCACCUCCUUCGCCUCCCUCGUCCACGCAGCCAUUGAGAGCGGGUCUGUCGCUGCCUUCAAGUGGCUGUGCCGCAAGAACCGAGCUGCGACAAUGACCUACAUCAAUUCGCCAAGGGGGGGAGUAGCCGGAGGAACGCCUCUCCACUGCAUUGCGUUUGGUCGUGGGCGGCUGCCGGCAUCCCAGGCGAUCAAGAAUAUGCAGUUCAUCCGCCAGAUGCUCGUGCUCGGGGCGUCCUUCGAGUCGGCUGUGGGCCAAGGACUGCAGCGUAUGGACCUCGUGCGCGACGUCUGA